GCUCCACGAUGAUGAAUGUCAUGUAGUUGUGCCUCCACUACUGAAAAGCCCAGUUUUGAAAGAGUAAUUUGGUCGAGCACCUGGUGUUCAAUGAAAGGCAGCAACAAAGCUACUGUUUUAACUCUUGCUGAGAAAUGCAAGAAUAUAUUGGUUUCAAAUUGGCAAGGUUAUCUUAAUACCAUCAAAACUGAUGCCCAAGGAAGCAAAGAGAAUAUAUACACGUCGAAGGUUAAGUACAUUAUAAGGAAGGGGAAUCCUCUUAUCUGGGUACCAGAACAUGAAUUACACAAUGUGAACACUAUAAUUGAUGAACGUGGUUCAUUUUCUGUAGCCAGCCCCUACCCGGGGCCUCUUGGAAAAUUACUCAAAUCAAUGAACAAGUUUCCAGUUCGGGUCGCUCUAACCGGGGAUGUUGUGCCUGUCAAAGAUAAAAAGGCUGAAUCAGCCGCAAACUACCUUAAAGAAAUGAUGCUCUCCGAGGAGAAAGCAUUAAAAGAAUUUAAUUAUACGGUUUCGGGUGUAUUAAGUUCUUCUGAUCACUUUUCGACAACUCGAAGCGAAAACCUCAAGGAGCUGAUCGAUGGGGGUGAAAAUUAUGUGAUUUAUAAGUUCAAUCUAAGCUCUUGCAUGUUUGGUGAUGGUAAUGGAGGAACUCAUGAAGUAGACUUUGAAGAUAUGGAAAAAUGUAAAGCAGGUUUGCUAGCUCCUUAUUCAGCUAAGCUAAUCGAUGGUAUUAAUCAAAGUGAAGCACGGCGCAGAGGACUGAUCCUUUUCUGUUUCAUAUACCUGAACGUAAAUGCAAGAGAUGCAUACAUGCUGUCUCUUGAUCGUAAGGGGUUCGACGUCCUAGGAAAGGUUCGUAAUAAAGUUACCGGGGAUGAAAUUGACGAAUACCAAUGGAAGCAAUUCAGGAUCACAUUCAAAGAAGAGGCUCGGGACAUCAAAUCCUUUUGUCAGCAACUUGUGGAAAUGGAAGAAGAUGCCAUCAAAAAGGUUUCUAGCUACAGUGGUCUGGGAUAAAAGUAAUCAAGUCAGUUUUAGUUCAUUUUGUAUGCAUAAACACUAAAAUGAACAACACUAACACUCGAAUACGUUAAAUUUUUGGUGUAUUUGGAGGGUUUUUAAAAGAAUCAUGCCUCGUAUCCGUAUAUUCGUACCUGGUCCAUAUAGCCAUUGCAAUUGAAAUAAAAAAAGCAUAUUGUGUGAAUGAGUUGGAGGUUUAGGACCACAAA